UUUUCUAGUUGGUGCGAUCUGGUAACACAAAAAUAAAAAAAACAAAUGCGUAAGAAGUUGGCGGAUAACUAAUAAUGUUUUUGAAUGACAUAGGCCAGCCCCUAAAGGUGGAAUCAGGAAAGGCUUACAGUUCUUAUGAGGAGCACUGUGGAGCUUUGCUCUUUUCAUCAGCCGCCUCAGGAGAUCUAAUUAUUCCACAAAAUUGGUGCAAUCUGGCUGUAGGGUCUCAGCUGGACAUCUCACGGCUGAAAUCCCAAAAAUCUGUUUCAGAGAGCUGCACAUUUAAAACCCUGCUUCCAAAUAAUCCUACCCGAAUAGUUUACGAUGGAAACGAGAUCACCAUUACAUUGAUACCAGCAGGAAAAAAAGAAAACGGCUUGGAGUGCCAUUUGUUCUAUAUAGAAAACGGCCAUACACGAUAUUUGAUUGUGGAGUGCCUUUCAGGCUACCUGGACUUUUUGCCGAAGGCUCCUGACUGCUUUCGCACAGGGCUCUUUCAAGGAAUCGACGUAAUUUACGUAGACGAGGAGCUCAUAAGUCAGAACCACAUGAACGAGGAUCUCUACAGUUUGGUUGAUCUGAUAAGGCCAAAGUUCAUUUACGGGUUGAGGCAGCAACAACUGCCAAAGUGGCUGCUCGAUCUGCGUCGGAUUGAUGAUAGAAAUAAGACGUAUAGCCUAUCUUCCGUACAAAAUGAUGCAUUUAAGAUUUAAAACAAACGACCAGUUAACAGUCAAAUAAAAUCUAACUAAGACUACUCCCGGAUUAA